AUGCGCCCUUUCUCUCUUGCAUCCAUCCCUCGCGCUACUCGCAUCACCACUCGAAUCAACCCUUUCUUUACUCAACCUCGCAACUUCUCCUUCACUCAAGCAACAAUGGGUGUCGAAAAGACCAUCAUCACUGAGGGCGACGGCCCCAGCCCUACGAAUGGCCAGACCGUCACCAUGGAGUACACCGGCUGGCUCAAGGACACCUCUCAGCCCGAGAACAAGGGCAAGCAGUUCGACUCCUCUGUCGGCCGCGGCGACUUCGUUGUCAAGAUCGGUGUUGGCCAGGUCAUCAAGGGCUGGGAUGAGGGUGUUACCCAGAUGAAGCUUAACGAGAAGGCUACACUCGACAUCACCCCUGACUACGGUUACGGCGCUCGCGGCUUCCCUGGUGCCAUCCCCCCUAACUCUGCCCUCAUCUUUGAUGUCCAGCUCAAGAACAUCAAAUAA